UUGUCAUAUAUUCGAGAAUAGGUGGCGCUGAAACUGGUUCUCUCUUUUUCCACGCUUUUUGCAAGAGAGAAAGUUUUUGUACAUUCUACAUGUGAUCUUAUCCGUAUACAUUUCUAAAAUGGGAUUUAAGCAUUCUGAUGAAAGUGAAGAAGUAAAUGAGGAUAACAAUGAUUAUCAGGAAGAUGAAUCUGAUGACUUAGAAAUGGAGAACAAUACAGAUGAAUCGUUACAUGAUGCAAAAUCUACUUCGAAUGAAGAAGGAUGGGCGAAUGUUAUGCAAAAGAUUUUAAGAACAAAUAAACCAAAGAGGAAAAAGACAAUAGUACUAGCUAAGGCAAAGAAAUUGUGCGAUGUAAAAAUAAAAGAAAAAAAGGAAGAGAUUUCUUUUGAAAUUGAUGGUAUUAAAAAUGUGACUGAAAUAGAAGAAUCUAGUGUCGAGACAGGAGAGGGUACUCUUCAGACUAAGGCGAGAAUAAAAGAGAAGAAUUUUGGCAUUCGAGUAAAACCAUCCAUUACAGAUCAGGGACGUGAAAAAAUGCUGCAAAAAAUAGCCACAAGAGGAGUUGUGCAAUUAUUUAAUGCAGUAAAACAGCAACAAACGAGUAUUAAUACAAAAUUAUCACAAGCAGGACCAUUAGAAAGAAAACGCGAGCAGGCACUCAAAAGCAUUGAUAAAAAUGCUUUUCUUGACAUUCUUAUGGGUGGCAGUAAAAGCAUACCAAUUGAUAAUAAUGUCAAAUCUAAAAAACUUGUAGAAGAGACAAAUAAUAAAAACAAAGAUGAUAAAAUAUGGGAUGUCCUUCGAGAUGAUUUUGUUAUGGGAGCAAAACUGAAAGAUUGGGACAAAAAUGAUGUAGAAGAAGAAUCUUCGUCAGCUCCUGAGGACAUGAAUAGUGAUGUGGAUUGAAAAUCAAGAAAUUUUGUUCAUAUGAUUUUCUUUCCAGGUAAUUAUAGUUAAUCUUAUAAAAAAUCAUGAUUAUCAACUAUGUACAUAAUCGACUCAACUCGAAACAUUGAUAUUUUCUGGAUAAAUAUGUAUAAAUACACAUUGUGAAUUUUUAAAAAUUAUAAUUUAUCAAUUUAUUAUAUUUGUGCUAUAUUCAUAUGCUAUAACUGGCCUUGCCUUCCUUUUUAUGAUCCAUUUUAUUUUUCGUUUUUAUGAUUCAGUAAAUUUUUAGAUAUAAUAAUAUAUGUACAAUGUAAUUUAGAUAUUUCUUAUUGUGAGAAACAAUUUUCUAAUGCUUAUUAAUUUAUUGAUAUUAUUUGGAUUCAGAUUAAGAUUAUCUUAUAAAGCAAUAUCUUUCUUUAUUGUUAUCUAUCUUUAUGUUUUAUUAUUGUGAUUAGAUUCAAAAGAAAAGAAAAGAAAAAAGCUUGGUCAAAAUAAUCAGCCAUUGUAAAACAAAAAUUCCAUUGUCUACAUAUAUUCUCCAUUUAGCAUUCUAAAAACUAGGAAGGCACAUAGUAUUAUGCUUCACACAAGAUUUUAUUCCUUCAGUGUCUCGGUUGAUGAUUUUUAUCCUUAUGAGACAGGACAACAAUAAUAAUGUGUACAAUUUAUAUAAUUCUCUAUAAUUAUCUUACAUAAUGUGUACAUAACAAAUGUAUCUAAAACCAACUGUCAAUAUUGUUCACUUUCUGGAGCAUAUAUGUGAUUCAACAUUUUGAUACUUUGCUAGUAUCUGAUUAUAUAAUGUAUUCAA